AUGAAUGCCUUUCGGUGUAUCCGAGCUACGGGCAUUGCGCGGCCGAGGACACACGCCCGCUUGCCCACAACUGCACAGCAAGCAGUUAGUAAACCAGCUUUGCAAAAAUACUUCAGAGAAGCAAGAUGCUUUUCGUUACCGGUGCGGGCUAGCGCAUCGUCUCAACUGACACAGGCUGAUACCUCUUCAACCGUGCCUUCUGUAUCUUUCCCUGUCCCCGGACUUGAAGGACACAAAUGGUCGAACUUCUGGCUAAGGGACAACUGCCAAUGCCACGAAUGCGUCCACCCAGAAACCAGACAACGCCUCCUGGAUACAUUUUCUUUACCGGAAGAUGGUAAACCGUCAACUAUAAAACUUCUGGAGAACGGACUCGAAAUAGAAUGGGCAGGAGACGGCCAUAAAAGUACUUUUACCUAUGAGUGGUUAGAAAACCAUACAUCUUCAAGUGCAGCUCCCGCGGAGACUCCCGUCAUAAGGAAUGAUCUUGAAUAUGUCGAAAGCACAUCAAAAUCACUACCGGCUGUCGAGUAUGAGGAAGUGAUGUCAUCGGACGAGGGCAUACGAAGAUGGACAAGCAAUAUAUAUCGAUUUGGCUUUAGUUUUGUGAAAGGAAGCCCGGCUACUCCUGAAGCAACUGAGCGAUUAUUAGAGAGGCUAGCUUUCAUCAGACCUACCCAUUACGGAGGCUUCUGGGAUUUUACAUCUGAUCUUUCAAUGAAAGAUACAGCAUACACAUCACAGCAUCUCAAAGCGCACACGGACACAACGUACUUUACUGACCCUGCCGGACUUCAACUCUUCCACAUGCUAUCUCACACUGACGGAAAGGGCGGGGAGACGCUGCUGGUUGACGGGUUCAAAGCCGCUCGUACUCUGCUUGAAGAAGAUCCCGCGGCUUAUCAGGCGCUUAGCGAUAUCAAAAUCAGCUCGCAUUCCAGUGGAAACGAAGAUGUCUGUAUACAGCCAGCUACCUCGUUCUCGGUGCUGAAUCACAUAAGCGAUUCAUCUGAGUUGUACCAGAUUCGGUGGAACAACGAUGACCGUGCACCAGGAAAAGGGAACUCGCUGGAAACCAUCCAUCGCUGGUACCAAGCUGCAAAAAAAUGGAAUGCAAUCCUCAAGCGACCUGAUAUGGAGAUCUGGCUCAAACUUGAACCAGGGACACCCCUCAUAUUCGAUAACUGGAGAAUUCUCCAUGGCCGCUCUGCCUUUACCGGGAAGAGGCGAAUGUGUGGUGGUUAUAUCAACCACGAUGAUUUCAUAUCCCGAUAUCGUCUUCUUAAUAACGGAAGAAACCGAGUGCUGGCUCAGAUCUAA